CUUGCCUCAGUGCGACCUGACUGGAAACAAAAAUAUGUCGCUCGACCUUUGUGUCGGUUAUUCUACCGAUUAAUUGUUUUUAAAAAAUAAUUUCUAUCUGGUUUCCGGCGCUUUCUUAGCGAAGAUGAGGCAGAAAACGCUGGGUUCUGUCGUGGGUUUGCUUUGCACAGGGGCCUGUUUGGCGCAGGGCAAGGAGUUCUGUUUCGGGGUGAACAAUGAGAAGUACAGAUGUGAAAUGGGCUACUGUUGCGGCGAGACGGAGUGCUGCACGUACUACUACGAGCUGUGGUGGUUCUGGCUGGUCUGGACUCUCAUCAUCAUGCUGAGCUGCUGCUGUGCAUACAGACACCGGCGUGUUAAGAUGCGCCUGCAGCAGGAACAGAGGCAGAGAGAGAUCAGCCUCAUGGCUUAUCAGGGAGCCUCCAGUUCCUUCAUCUCUGCACCACCUCUCAACCUGCGCUUCUGGACGGACUGCAAGCUCCCUGACUAUGAGGAAGUAGUAGGCCACCCUCCCACCCCUCCUCCACCUUACUCCGAGAAUCCUCCAGAAAGCCCAACCUGCGCUCAGCCGUCUGUCAGUUGUUCAGAGUCAGCUGUGGUGUUGGAGGCGGCACAGGCAGAGAACGACGCAUGCGAGUCGCAGGAACCGAACCUGGCGGCAGCCGCGGCCCAAUCAGAACGCACCGAGCACGAAGAGCCGGACGUCCCCCUGGAAGAGGAGCUGAACACCAGACGGAGACACGUGACCGGCGACUCGGGCAUCGAGAUGUGCGUAUGCCAGCUGGACACAGAUGAGUGCUCAGGGAUGGAGGAGGACGAGGGCAGGAUGUGUCACGUGCCUGGUGGGAGCUGCUGCUUGGAGACACAGGCUCCCAGACCCAAAGAGAUCUCACGCUCACCGACAUCCAAUGGAGAUCAUGUGGUGUGAGUCACAUGACGUGUAACGUUGCCUGCACUCGAAGGGCAUAUGGCUUUGUCGUGGUUAGCAUUUUUUUUUUUUUUUUUGAGCCAACCCAUAAGGCAACCUUGAAGUGCACAAGGCAGGGCGUUGGCGUGUUUUGCCAUUCAAAUAACAGCUGAAUAAAAAUAAGGACUUGCUCUUAUGCUAUCGUUAACAAUAACAAAAUGAUUAAAACAUAGAGGGGAUUUUUGUAUUUAGUGGGUUGAACCUCGUUUAUGCCAUAUUUUUUGGGGGGGGAAGUGAGAAGAAAGACAGACAGAAAGAGCCAUGCUUUGAAGCUCCUUCACAUUUCAGUUAACCAAAUAUCUCGCUUGUCUUUGUGGCCUGGAAUGCCCCCUUAUGGUUUUUUUAAAUCUUUUUGUUUCCCCUCCUCUUCUAUGUGACAUUUCGGUUCAGCUGUGGCGUCAUGGCUUUUCGGUCACUGACUUUCCUUGCACAGAGGCUGAAAGACAGCUUGAAACGGCGCGAGCGAGUCUGACUGCACGCUUUGUUUUUCACAAGGCUCUGCUAAAGAGAGUGCAGAUGUGGGGCUGAGCUUCAUCCCUCAGGAACAGAGGCACACUGAGGAUCAGAUAACCAACCAUCACACGCCCUGUGCUUUGCAAACAUGAUGCAACUUGUUCACAUUUGUUCAUAACAUAUGGAAAUAAUGGCGGGCAGGGUAGCGUCAGUGGUUUGGAACGGCGUCCUUAUUAGAAUCUUAAUACAGGGAUGGGCCGUACAGCAACGUACUGAUACUGACAACGUACCAGCAAAACAGCAGUGCCACGAUAUAACGACUUUCUUUUUCGUAGUCAAACACUUACAGGGCUAAAGGAUUUAAAUAGAAGUGAGAACGCACGUCAUAUCGUCCACGACUAUUUCGCAGGUCGGAGCCUGAGAGUUUUGCAGCGUUGAAAAUUUUGCCUUAUUGCAGAAAUGAACGCAAAACAUCCGGGUGUCUUUAAUUAGGCUGCUUUCACAUGGCGGGCGUUUCUAAAGAAGGGGUUUAGCUUCUCUUUUACAUUAGAGGCAGAGAAUUUUCGAAUAUCCCAAAAAUGCACUUUUUUUUUUACGAUACAUUGCUAUGUUGUAAUAAUGCCAAUUUUUGAUGCAUCAUAACCUAAAUCUCCUCUCAUUAGUGUCCAGACUGAUUUUUCACCAGCAUUCUGUCCUCCAUGUUGUCUUUUUUUUUUUUUUUCUUUCGUGCCCAUUAACUUGUGACCUGAUUGGUCCGGAGGGGAAAAAAUAAACACGAACAAAAAUGCUAGACGUCACAUGACUGUGACUGGAUAAAAUUGCGCACCGACCGAGUGUGAAAGCAGCCUUUGCGAUCUCAAAUUAAAGUCUUGUUUCUGCUCCAGAAUCAUUUCUCUGCAACGUUGGGUUUGAAGCCAGCAUAUAAGAUAUAAAGAACAUUUUUGACGAACAUUUCUGCUCCCUAUUUAUUGAGGAGUGACACUGCCAGCUUCACCUUGGACCAUAUGCUUGUAAAGUUAGCUUGUAUUUAAAAGGAAAAAAAAAAAAAAAACAGUUGGCAACUACCUUCUCGCUAAAAUAAAUGUAAUUCAGUGCAUAAUACAUACCAAGGGGGUUUAAUAGCUACUAAUAACAAGGAUUUAUUUUUUUCCCUGAAAGAAAUGGCCGAUGUUGUGGAAUUAUUAUUAUUUUUUUUAUUAUUUUUUGAAUACUCCAGCGUGAAACUUGUAACACAAGCCCUGACGUUGUAAUUGCCACUCGAGAAAGGAAACUCACAUUUGAUACCACUUUUGUAAAGUGACUCCGUUGCAUUAAAGGAAUACUCCAGCAUAUUUUUCAACCCUUUUUUUAACCGAAUCUGUAACAUGCGUGCGAUUUAAGAUGUAGAAUAAAAGAGCAAACCUGUUUAUACCACACUUGCUUACAAUGGCAGUGUAAAGGGCAGUUGUUAAAAACUUGUGCAUGUUUCCUCCAAUCAAGAGAUUUAAAAAUAUUUCUGUGAACUUCAUUUACAAUCCCCAUCGAGUGAAGGAUUCACGAAACUCCGUUUUGCAUAAACGCUCUUUGGUGCGGUUCAACAGCUGCCCUUGGGCUUCCAUUAUAAGGCGAGUUUAGUUUAAACAGGGUUUACGUUCUCUUCCAAGUCCGGCAGAGGUGCCAACUAUGCCGGAGCGUUUACCUUUUUUGAAACGGCAGACACCUUUUUCAGAUCAGCAGCAGUCAGAGAAAUUAGUCCGUCUGAUACACCAUGAAGACCGAAGGGGAGCGAAGACGUGAGAGAUGCGUGGACACGUUCAUACGUGGCUAGGGUCUCUGGUUGAUUUAAAAACUAGAAGAGAGACUUGUUACUGCUUUGAUCACGAUGUUUUCUGUUGGAAAUAAAAUUAGACGUCUUAUCCAUCGACAUCGCCGUGCGGUAAAAUGCUACGUUUUCCUUGUUGGCACCGCUGACGUUUAUUCACAAACAAGCUUUACGUUCUUUUUUUCGGUACAGGAGAAUGUGUUAAUCUUUUCCACGUUAAUAGCACACGCGCAACAGAUGUGAAGCAUCAGAGAGGUGUUGGCUGAAAAGCGGAGUCUCAUCCAAUGCUGCUAUUUUGAUCCAUAUUUGAGGGGCGUCAGAGUUUUUUAUGCACGGAUGUAUGUACUGAUGUGUUUGUUUUUGUUGUUGUUUUGAAUUGUGCCGCACGACUGCGCCGGGUCCGAGUACGCUCUCUUUUUGAUUAUCUGCAAGCAUUUAUCGAUCUUUUAGUAAGCUUGUUUUUGGAAGCCAAACCGAACUAAAACCUCCCAUCGGAUUUACAGACGUUUCAGCGAAGCUUGUUUGAAGCUUCUCGUUUGUAUGUCGAUAUAAACGACCGAGCGAGUUCAUGACACGCCUACAAACCUCCAUAAAAGGCAAAGCUCGCAGUGAGCUGAAAACAACAAGAUGGCGAUGGAACUGUGAAAAUGUGAAAGCUGAUUGCGGUGUUCGCUAAAUCUUCCAAUAAUGCAGUUCAGCCACUGCAGCGAGUCGGCAACUAUAGACUUCAGAGCUCUCCUUGGAUACGUACGUGAACGUUUUUCCGAGCUGAUUACAUCAUCGUGAAUUUCUUGUGCUUGCUCUUCAUUGAUCUCCAGUUUGAUAAAUGAGGCCCACUUGAUUUAAGUAUCUUGAACCACUCGAUCAUUUCCGUUCAUUUGGGAAUUCCUCAGCAGGGUGAAGGCAGCCGUGUGUGUGUUGCACUUUAAACGACACGCCAACAUCGGCGAUCCUGUAGAACCCAUGUUGGCGCGUAUAAUCUGAGCAGAACCAUGCUUGGCUCUCACAGCGUCCUCACUUUCCAUCCACUUUCUGCUUCAUUCGAGUGCACUGAUUGACGACUGUUAGCACUUGCUCUCGUUCCUCUUAUUGGUUGGAUAAAUCGAAGCCGCAUGGAUUUGCGUGGCUUUUUUUCGUCUAGUCAUUUCACUCGUUUCAUUCGUGUGUGUUCAUAACCUGUGAAGAUGAUGAAACGUGUUGGUCGAAAAAAAUGUUUCGACGCACCAAGAAGCUGCUUUGCUAGGCGACUGUAAUGCUAAUCAGAACAUUUCGAGCGCGCAGCAGAUGAACUUGUGGUGCUGCUUCGUUGUGGUAAUGAAAAACCCACAAACGUUUUUAUAGAUCUUAAUCCAUACGUAGAUGUUGAGCAGUUCUUAUUUUUUACGUAAGACUACAGUCAAGAAUUUAGGAUUGGAGCUUCCAAGAUGUAGAUAAUUGAUUGAAAAUGUGGGGUUUUUUUUGACGUUUCUGGUGAUAAUUUGGGUGGUUUAAAACAGGAAAAGUGAACAUGCGGUGUAUGUCCUUUCAAUAGUGUAGAUUUUUUUUUUUUUUUCUAUUUCCCACGUUUCUGGAAUAUGAACGCUAGUUUCAACCAUGGAGAAAAGAAUAUCAGUGGAAAACAUCCCCCCCCCCCCCCUUUUUUUUUUUUUUUGUGCAGCAGCAGUAUAUCAAAUUUUCGAAUUAUCUCAAAUGUUGGAUUUAUUCUCUCAAAGAUUUUGUUUCAAACUUUUUUGACAUGACUGGUCAAUUCAAUCCAGUAGCUUCUCAGAAUUUCAUCUAGUGCACAGGUCAAAGCUGUUCAACAGGAUAAAAUGAUUAGCUAGAUUUGUUGUUAAGUAACUAGCUCACUGGGUUUAUAUCGAACGUUACAAGUUUUUAGCAGACGCUGUUAUCCAGAGCAGAGGUGGAAAAAGUACCCAACUUCAUUACUUAAGUCAAAGUAAGAUAGAUCCCACUGGUCAGAUGUUACUCCGAUACAAGUGAAAGUUGUCCAGUCCAAUUUUUACUUAAGUUAAAGUACUGAAGUAUUAAAAGUACAUUUUCUGUCAACGCGUUGUUGUAUUAUUGCCACAACGCUUACAAAACCUAACGCCGUUACCAAAGACAGAAGUGUGAAUUCACAAAAUGAACGCAUGCUGUGCCAUCAUGAUGGUUUACCGUUAAGCUAGCUAGUCAGUGAAGCUCCACCUGACAUGCUAGCAAACUCUUCAAACUCGAAAUCAUAUUGGGUAGCUAACGCUACUAGAAAAGAAAGAUUUCUACAUUCUGUUUAUUCGGCAAGAUUAUGCUAAAACAUAUUUCUGAAAGGACUUCAGAUAAGUUAACGUUAUUCAUGUUAGCGUAACUCCAUUUUUACAUGCUAACUAACAGCGUCCAAGUUAACUAGCUAUGUGUUGAUGUUAGUCGUGGACAAGGCUACGGCAGCUUGGUGGGCAAAUCCAUAGAAAGUCAUUUGACUAACCAGACUGCAUAGCUACGUUUGCAACAUUAUCGCUAGCUCUAAAAGCACAGACAACUUCAUUACAAGCUUUCUCUUGGAAUAAAACGUUUACAUCCCUCAAUAUGCUUCCGCAGGUUGGACGGCGAGUUUUUGUAGGCCGUGAUGUGGUUCGUUUUCGGCAAACAUUUAAAACAAAAUGAAUCUUUAAUCCUUUCAGAAAACUGAAACAUGGGUUCUAGGUAAAGCCAUAAGCGCGUGCGUUCUCCAGAAGAACCGCCUCCUUCCAUUCUGCCAUCAACUGAUCGUGUUCAAAUAACGCUGCUGAGAAAUCAUUGAGCUUGAUUUUAUACAGUCUAUGGAUGAGACGUGACCCUAGUGAUUACUGAUUGGCUGUCUCCGUGUCACCUGCGACAAAACCAUCACGUUUAAGAAAAGAAAAAACAUCCACUUUCAAAACCGCUUCCGAGUAACAAGGACCUUGAUAGAAAUGUAGUAGUGGAGUGAAAAGUACGAUAUUUGCCUUUCAAAUGUAAUGAAGUUAAAGUCAUAAGUUUCCAAAAAAUACUCAAGUAAAGUACAGAUACUCAAAGUGUACUUAAGUACAGUACUCAAGUAAAUGUACUUCGUUACUGUCCACCUCUGGUCCAGAGUGAUGUAGAACAUAUCCAGAGCAGCCUGGGGAGCAGUUCGGGGUUAGGUGCUUUGCCCAAGGGCACUUCAACCAUUCCUGCUGGUCCAGGGAAUUGAACCAGCAACCUUUUGUUCCCAAAGCUGCUUCUCUAACCAUUAAGGCCAAUUUAUGCUGACAACCCAGUCCUCGCAGAUAGCGUCGCAGACAGUGUCUGCGUAGCCCCCCCCUCUUCGCAGACUCUGUGCGCACCUCCCAAAAAUUGCGACCACCGCAGAAGCCUCGCAGACAAGAGGGCUCUGAUUGGUCCACUCUACAUCUGCUGUACACGCACUUCCGCUUCCCUACUUUCCCGGUUUGUUUUGUUUUCACGACCGGCAUUUUUAAAAACGCGAGCGAAGAUGGAGCAGCACGAAGAGCGGUUGAUUGAGGAAGUACGGACAUCUAUACGACUCCAGUUCUAGUCAUUAUAAGUAACCGGAGGAUAAACACUCCACUAACCACACCCACCAACUACUCCUAGCGAUUUCACGCCCCCUUGCGUUGUGGCGGUGAAUAACAUCGCGCACGCCUAUUACUCCCCGCUCAACGAUAAAUUACAACUGUCUGCGAAAGCCUUGUCGCAAGAGCAUGCAGAGGCCUUUAGGCUUCUUUACAUAGUUGUUCAAGUGAUGUCCCAGUUGGUGAACUCGUACAUCUUAUCCACAACACCUGCUGUUCUUGUUAAACGUAUUAAAAAAAAAUUUAAAUCAAUUUUAAAAAAUACAUACACACUAUCCAACAAACAUUCUCUUCAGUUAGCGACAUCACUUGCAUUCCUUGUGUAAAUAGUCUGAAGUUAGGGUCUGUCUUCUGUUAACCAGUCACAAUUGUUUCUUUAAAAAAUGAUCUGGGAGUUAGGAACAUCUCAAAUUGAACAUUUUUGAAAUCAGUCAGCAUUUUUAAGAUGAGUCCAAAAUUUCAGAGUUAAAGUUUUGGCACAAGUCAAACUUAUGAGAAGAGACAUUUUCAGAAUUUUAUUUUUAGGUAGUAAGUCAAAAGCUGUAUGAGAAGUCAAAAGCACGAUGAUGAACCAAAAAAUUGGACAGAAAUUAGAUUUUUGAGCAGGUUUUACUUAUUUUUUUUUUUUCUCUCUCUCUGUUUUUGACAUACCGCUGCUGGGGAGGAGGGAAGAAAAAUAUUUUUCUUUCUUGUCUUUUCUACUUGGUUGAACUGGCUUCUGUACUGGACUGACCGUGGUGGUUGGAGAAAGGUUUGCCGAUGCAUGUGGUUGUGUUAGAUGCAGAGUUGCAUGUUUCCUGACUAGCAGUGUGAUCUGAAUGGGAUUUGGUAGGUUUUUUUUUCUUCCCCCGUUGUUGGUUUUGUUUUUAAUUUUAGGGAAUGAAGCAUUCAGCUUCCUCAUAUAAUCUGUGGCAAAUUUUUGCCCAAACAGAAUGGGGCUAUGUUUUUUUUUUUUUAAAAGAAAAAAAAGGUGGUGGUAAUAAUAAUAAUAAUAAAUAAGGGCUAGUAAGUAAUUUAGUUUAUCUUAAGGUUCAUGUGACUCUUGCAUAUUGAAACGAUUGUCCAUUUCAACGCCACUGUUUGGCAAAAGUGUUGUGGUUGGUUGUUAAAUGACCACCAUGUUUCUGCAAUUUUGUACUUUGAUAUGUGCAAUGUUCUCUCUCUCUCUCUCUCCCCAUCUCUGUGUGUACCUGUGGAAAUAUGUGUAAAUCUCUCUGGAGAAUUGCGUGACUGCACCUCUCUCUCUCUCUCUCUCUCUCUCUGGUCCUGUUACACUAAACAGCCUGAACAUGGCAACAGAAACCGUGGUGACAACUCUGCAAGUGUUUUUAACCAAAGGUUUAGAGCAGUGAUUUUUUUUUUUUUUAAAGUUACACGUCACAAUUGAAUUGCAUGAUUUUCAAAAAUCAAGUAAUGGUACCUUGAAUUCUGUUGUUGGAUCGUUCAGGAACAAAGUGUUUCAGCCCUGAUGAUAAACAAAACUACUGAUUUAAAGCAGGUCAGGGGUCUGUGGACUUUAUUUUGAAGUUAAAGGCGUUCCUGACUACAAAUCACUUCUGGUUUCAAGGGAAAGCCUUGCAGCAUUUCAGGGAAGUUCAGUACCUCUCCCAAGAAUUUCGCCCUGAUUCGACUCCCGAUGGGGAUGUUUAUACUCGCCGUGCCUUGUUCUUUCCCAAGGAAAUCACCUCCCCCUCUCUCUCUCUCUAUUAAUUUUUUUUUUUUUGUGUGUGUGUCUUCACACCUCUGUACUGUAUCCAACUAUAGGCUAUGCACGCAAAGAAGAAAGGUAAAAGCUCUGCAGUGGUCGUCAGUCCAAGCAAUACUAUUCUCACUCCACAUUGCACUGCAUCUCGGUAGAUGUCUACUUAGAGAUGAGAAAUAAUUUGCUACUACGAUCAUUUUUGUACACGAACGCUUUUGUACAUUUUGUCAUUUUAAAGGGGGAAAGAAAGGAAACAACGAGCAAAAAAAGUUCGCCUCUGAUUUUCAAUAAGUCAGCUUGCAGUCCGUCUCGUGGACCCGCUCAUCCUGACUCUGUUGAUUCGAUUUAUUCAUGUCUGUACGUACACUUGACCUCAUCGAUUGGUUGAUUUAUUACUGCCAUGUUCUACUCGAUACACAGCUUUGUGUCGAUCUCCAAAAGCAUCCCGUCUUUGUAAACAGUUUCUAAUUUUGUUUCUCCAGUUUUCAGCGACUGAAAUCCGAACCGUUGCCUCGCAGGACAGCAAGGAGAUGUGGAGUAAUAGAGCCGCGUCCUUGCAUAAGCCUGUUCGAGGGCUGUAUGAUUCAAAGGGCCUGUUUUUGUCAAAGCCUUUUUUUUUUUUUUUGCCUGAUACACUCUGUCUCAUCAGGAGUAGGACAAAAGUCAAAAUUUGUCACGCAUCAACUGACUCUCUUCGCUUCAUAAUCCGUAAUAUCACAUUCAGUUAAAAACGUGUACGCAUUUAAUUUCUUUGUUGCUUUAUUUGUUAUUUAGCAGAAGCAGUCAACGAAGAGCACAGAACUGUUUUUUUCUUUUUUGCUGUCACUUAGAUCAAGCCAAAAAAACAGGAUGGUGAAAUGGAGGGAAAAAAAAAAUCUGAAAAAUCACCGCUGAAGUGUGUGGAAACUUCUAACACUGGGGUUAGUAAGAAGUCGGCUGUGUACUCUUUGUAUUUUAUUUUUGUAAUAAAAUCAAUACAGCACA